GUCACUGUCAUCUCUUCAAACGCUCUGCUGCAAGCUCGGCCCCGAGGUGCACCACUGACAGGCUACUGUUGUCCCUUUUCUUCAAGAGUUUGUGACUUUCGCGUCAGCACUUGACUUUCAGGUGACCUGUGGACAAUGAGCAGCGUGGAGGGCCUCAGGGCCACAUCCUCCCAGUUCACUCUGGAGGGAGAGCCUUUCCGCAUCCUCGGCGGGUCAAUCCAUUACUUCCGUGUCCCCAGAGCCUACUGGAAAGACCGGCUACUGAAGAUGAGGGCCUGUGGCCUCAAUACUCUCUCAACCUAUGUACCAUGGAACCUGCAUGAGCCUGAGAGAGGGAUGUUCAACUUCCAUGAAGAGUUGGAUUUAAAGGCCUACAUCAGUUUAGCAGCAGAGUUGGGUCUCUGGGUGGUUCUGCGUCCUGGACCCUACAUCUGUGCUGAAUGGGAUCUGGGGGGUUUGCCCAGUUGGCUGUUACGAGAUGAAGGCAUGCAGCUAAGGACAACUUACCCUGGAUUUGCAGAUGCUGUCAACUCCUACUUUGACAAGCUUAUCUCAGUUAUCAAACCUCUGAUGUUUGAGCAAGGAGGCCCGAUCAUUGCGGUUCAAGUUGAGAAUGAGUACGGAUCAUAUUCCCAGGAUGAGGACUACAUGCCAUUUCUAAAAAAUAGUCUUGAGUCCAGAGGGAUCAACGAGCUCUUUCUGACUUCAGACAACUGGGAGGGCUUGAGAUAUGGCGGGGUAGAAGGAGCUCUGAAAACGAUAAAUCUUCAGAGACUGUCCUUUGGAGCCAUACAGUCCUUAGCUGACAUGCAGCCAGAGAAAUCUCUAAUGGUGAUGGAAUAUUGGUCUGGGUGGUUUGAUGUCUGGGGAGAGCAUCAUCAUAUUUUUAGAGCUGAGGACAUGGUAGCUGUUGUAUCAGAGAUCCUACAGCGAGAGGUGUCCAUUAAUCUCUACAUGUUUCAUGGUGGAACCACCUUUGGCUUCAUGAAUGGAGCCAUGGAUUUCGGCACCUACAAACCUCAGGUCACUAGUUAUGAUUAUGAUGCUCCAUUAUCAGAGGAUGGGGACUACACUGUAAAAUAUCACCUCCUCAGGGAUUUAUUUAGCCAGUACCAUUCGGAGCCUCUUCCUGAAGUGCCCUCUGUGCAGGAGAGGCGAGCCCAGCAGCCCAUCGUCAUCCAGCAGCACCUGUCGCUGUGGGACAGCCUGCACCUCACCGAGCUGCAUAGGUCACACAAGGCAGUGAACAUGGAGAAUCUCCCUUUUAAUAAUGAUAAUGGUCAGUCAUAUGGCUACACACUGUAUGAGACCACCAUCACCUGUGGAGGAAUCCUCAACUCCAAGAAUAACAUCAGAGAUAGAGCAUUGGUUUUUGUAGGUAAACAAUCUGUUGGCACUUUGGACUACAAGACUCAAGAGCUAACGCUGCCCGAUGGAAAGGGAGAUAUAACAUUGGGUUUACUGGUGGAGAACUGUGGAAGAGUGAACUAUGGAAAAGUCCUGGAUGAACAGCGCAAAGGUCUUGUCGGGGAUAUUUUGCUGAAUAAUUGCCCUUUGAGAGACUUCACCAUCUACUGUUUGGAUAUGAAGAAAAGCUUUAUUAACAGAUUAAGUUCAGGCCAGUGGAAGCCCGUCCACCAGCAGCCCUCUUUCCCAGCAUUUUUCCAGGCCAAGCUGUGUGUGGACAACCCUCCCAGAGACACAUUCAUGAGGCUCCCUGGCUGGUGUAAGGGGGUUGUCUUUGUCAAUGGACAGAAUCUGGGACGCCACUGGUCCAUCGGCCCUCAGCAGUUCCUUUACCUCCCAGGACCUUGGCUGAGAAUUGGAGAGAAUCAGAUCAUUGUUUUUGAGGAACAAAGAGCUGAUGGAAAAAUACUGUUUGCUUCAAAUCCUGAUCAUGGGAAGACAACCGAUGUUUACAAACUUCCCUUUUGCACUCUGCUGUGAAAAUAUUGAAAUGCAUUAGUGGCUGGAUGUAAGAAUAUUAAUACCAAAAUGCCACGAGAAAGAUGCUAUCAUCUUAUGUUUAGCCAAACAACUCGGUAAAAUAUUGUA